CUAACAUGGCUACCCCUCUGAUACUUGAAACUAUAGUUAGUAGUUCUGCAAUUUCACAUUUGAGUUCCUUCAGAACUCUUGGGUGACACCAUCUGGUGAAUACCAUAAGAAAUACAAAUAAAUUUGCAGUCUAAAUUCUACAAACUAAGCAGGAUUAGAAUCAAGCAGCCUCUCGCCCUAACAGAUGUUACAGGCUGCUCACAGUUCUCAAUACACAGGCUGGAUUCCCUUUCAGCCUGGGCCCCAUCUCCCCAGUUCAAAGUCUUUGUCCUCCAGACGAUCUUCCAGCUGUUGAGAUGGGGGAGGGGAGAGGCCUCUUUGACACUUUCAUCCAGCCAGGAUCUUUCUAGCAGCUGUGCCGUGGGGUCAGGCAGCCCCCAUAGGUACCUGCCCUCUCCGAGGAGCCUCUGGGAGAAGGGAUUGUUCCUGAUGGGCUGGCAACAUCUGUCUGGCCGGUGAUGGCUGCUCAGGUCAGCUGUGGGCCUCUCAUCACCUCACAACAUAUUUCAGUAACACACAGAGCAAUACAAUGCGAGUACACGCACUUCAACAGGAUGCUAAUGUUCAACAGACCAAGGCUUUUUAAAUGACGCCUCACAAGGCCCUCACAUCACAACGGUGAAUCUGGGGUUCCAGAUGCUCCUGCGGGGUACAGAGUGUCACGGAGGGAGGCUUGAGGGGUGGGGCAGGUCCACAGAUGUCCAGGCAGAGCCACUGACAGCCCUGUGUGUGUUGCAGAGAGCUGGGAGCAUGCGGUAAGUAUGGCCCAGCCACAACCCCGCCCCCACCCAGCCACAGCCCCACCCACUGCUCCCUGCCCCACCCCACAGGCUACACCCAUAGCCAUAGCCCCACCCAUUGCUCCUCACCCCACCCACUUCUCCCCUACCCUACCUAGACACAGCCCCACCCACUGCAUCCCCCUACCCUGACCCCACACUGCUCCCUGCCCCACCCCACCCUAUACACCCUGCCCACUGCAUCCCCCAGCCAUUGCUCUGUCCCCUUCCCCUGCCCCAGGGCAGCACCCACCUGCCCCCAUCCCACUCUGCAGGGCCCCAGUGCAGCAGAGGAGUCCGAGGACGGGGACAUGUACGAGGCGCCCCCCUGUGAGAGCCAGGCCUGGAAGGUGGCUCCAGCCAGGAGGCAGGAGAACACGGACGGCACCUACCUCGAUCACGCCACUGCCCGGCGCUGCUCAGAGCCCUUCGCCCUCCUGCCGGCCAAGUUCCUGUCAAAGCUCAGCCUGGUGCCUGGCACAGACGCUGGCAAUGGAGAGGAGAUGCCCCAGGGCCUGGCCUGCGGGAAAGGUCAGGACAGAACCCGGGCGAAACUCCCUCCAGCUCCCGGCCCGAGGCCCCUGUCGAUGCCUGCCGGCCCCGCUGCACCCCGGGAUCCCGGACCGACCUCGUCGGACGACAAGGAGGGACCCCCAGAGGAGGAGAUUUACCUGGUGUGUGAGCCGCCGAGCCCACCUCACUGCAGGACGACUUGCGCCCCGAGGCCCCCGCUCGGCCAGGUGCCCCCGCCACGGCUCCCAAAGCUGUCCAAGCCGAAGAUCGCCCUGCCUGGGGCCCACCACAGCCUGGCUGAUUCCUCCCCCGAAGCCUCGAGCAAAGCCCCAGCCUGGCCCAGGGGCAGUGGCUCCCCGGUGGAGGAUCCUGGCAUGCAGGACCAGGCCUGGUACGCAGGGAACUGUGACCGGCAUGUGGCAGAGAGCGUGCUGCAGGGGGUCAAUAAGCGCGUUCAUGGUGCGCCAGAGCUCGAGGCAGGGCUGGAACCAGCCAUUCACCUUGGCCGUGCUGUACAAGGGCCACGUCUACAACAUCCCCAUCCGCUACGUGGAGAGCAGCCGCCAGUACGCGCUGGGCAAGGACGGGAAGAGCCGCGAGGAGCGGUUCGACAGCGUGGCCGGCAUCAUCCAGCACUACCGCGAGCACCCCCUGGUGCUGAUCGAGGGCAGCUCCGCCUCCAGGGCGCACACCUGCCUGCUCUUCCCCGUCAAGCCCUGAGGGCCGGGGACAGGCUGGGGGCCCGGCUGCAGCCACCCCCCAGCUCUGCCCUGUGGGACGCGAGGCUCUCUGCACUGGCCGCUCUGGGGCGGACAGCAGGGGGUGCCAGCGCUGCAGGAGUCCUCCGUGCUGGGCCGUGCAGCCCCCUCAGGGGAUAGGGCUUGGGGGGCUGGGAGCUCCCCCCUUUCCGCUGCAGCAACUCCUGCUUUCCCCUCUGGUGGGGGCCCUGCUGGGGUGGGGUGUUCGGAGCCGUUGGGUUGCUCUGGGUCUCGCUUGGCCUGUUGCUCACGGUGGGAUCUCCAAGCCCACAGGGCUCGCCCAUGUCAGUAACCGGGGGGACGCACCUGGGGUCGCCUCCUGGAGCCUGUUUGCUGCCCUCGGCCCCCCGGGUCGCGGGCUGGGACCUUUCCAGAGCUUUCCGCUCUGUGCCUGGGACUCCCCGGCCUUGGCCUCGCCCCAGCAGCUAAUCCAGACAAGUGUGGGGGAGGGGGAGACUGGCUGCAUCAGGUGCUGGGCUGGGACCCAGGGGGCUGCUGGGUUCAAUUCCUGCCACUUCCCCGCUCGGUGCCUCAGUUUCCCUUUCCAGCAUUGUCUAGUUAGCCCCGCCCACAGACAGCUCCAAGCCCGAGUCCUGGUCUGUGGCUGCGCAGCGCCCAGCACAACAGGGCCCUGAGCUCAUUCUGCAGGGGUCCAGGCCGUGCCCAGCACUAUGGGCUCCCUUUGGACCUCCAGGCCUUAGCCCUAGGAUUGAAGGAUACAGGCCUGACUGUCAGCCCCUGCCGGCCUGAGCCCCGCCCCCCCGCCCGCUCUGCCCCCCCCCCAUGCUCAGUGAGUUGCAGAUGGGGCCACGGCUGGAUGCUCCGAGCGGGGCUGAGUGCCGGGGAGCUGGGCCGUGGGCACUGAUAGAAGACCCUUGGCCCAGCCCUGUGGCUCCUGGGUCGGGGGGGGGCAGGUGAGGUCAGAAAGCCCAGGAGAGCUGGGCCCAGGCAGGUUGUGGAGGGGAGACCUGCAGGGAGCGGAGUGGGGGGCUCAAUAGGGGGCAGUCAGGGCUGGGCAGAGGGAACCCCUCCCCCCCCCACUCACUGACCCAUCGGAGUCCCAGUCAUCAGAGUCCGUGAUGAGCAACAAGGGGGGGGGUGCAGCAGCCCCUUCUCUGCGGACAAUGCCCCCCCCGCCAUUCCUGGGCUCAUGGCCAGUCCCCCCCCACACCCCGUUCCUGGGCUCGCGGCCAGCAGGAGAGGGGCUGGGGAGAGGGGCUGGGGCAGCCCCACGCAAUGCCUCAUAGAGACCACCAGGGGCCCUCGGCGUCCAGGAGCUGGAUGUCCCUGGCCCCAGCUCCUUCCCCUGGCCACAGAUAGCCCCCGGGCCCUGCCUCUGGAUCCAGCAUCUCCCCCCCGCCCCGGAGCCCAUUCCCUGCCCCCUCAUCUUGCCUGGGGGCAUUAGUGGAGGCCCUGUCCCCGCCAACCUGCAUGGUGCCCACCAGGCUUCCCACUGCUGGGCAAGGCCCCUAGAGCCUGGGACAGGGAGAUGCAGCGGGGCAGGGCCCCCUGGCAGGCCCCAGCCAGCUCUGGGGGAGCCUGGGGGACCCGCUGCCUUGGGGGCCUUCCUCUCGUCUUGGGCUGAGCCAGGAACCCUGCAAUGCCCAUGGGGCAGCAGCGCCCCCAGGUCCUCUCUGCACCCCCUGCCCCCGGCAUCAGCCUCUGGCCCCUGGCAGCACUUGUGGGAGGAUUCUCUGCAGCUUGAGGUCUUCAAACCACAAUUUGAGGACUUCAAUAACUCAGACAUAGGUUAGGGGUUUGUUAUUGAA